CGGCAAUUAAAUACGAAUGCUCAAUUGAAAUGGCUGCAUCUACGAUGAACCGAUCGGAAGGAGAAAUUCCAUGUACGGCUUCAGUUUGGGGGCAUCCCCAUUUGCCAUAUGAGCGCAGUGAAGCGGACAAGCCCAGAUGUGAAAACGCGAUCACGGAAGAUAUCGCUCAGCUAUAUAAAGGUGCUCUUCUCCGGCCCCUGAUCAUCCUCCGGUCACAAAACUACAAUCGACAACCAUGCACGCACAGAUCCUCGACUGUCUCGCCCUUGCGAGUCUCUUCGUGACCGUGACCGCUGGCGCCGCCCCACCAGCGUACAACAAACCUACCACGAAGAAGGCUGGUACAUGGACAUACUACUCGACCAGCACCGUCACCACCACUGUUCCCACCGUCACCUGGCCAUAUCAAGCAUACGAUGAUCGACGGAUCACCGUGACGAACAGCAGUACCGUGACCAACACGUACACCCAAUAUGAUUUGGCGGUCUAUGACUUCACGGCAACGAUCACAGAGACUAAUACCUGCUGGCACGACCAUAGUCAAUCCUUCUCCAGCUACCACGAGCAUCUCAACCACGACGGUUCCGAUCCCCGCCAAUUUCACCCCAAUCUUGUCUGAAUUCCCCUAUACGGCCAGCUUGAAAAAUAUCUCUGUGGGCGAGACAACCACGAUGGGUUCAA